CGUCCCGGUGCAGCUGCUUCCGGGCUCCGCGACUACAGGCGGUCCGCGAGGCCCGGGCUCCGACGCUGGGCCCAGGAGCGGUCCCAGUGCACAAGCGCCUGGACGCCUGGGUCCCCACGUAGGCCCGCGCUGUGCCUCCCGACUGGGAUCUCCGAGGAUCUCCGUCCUGACCUUGCGGAGGCCGAGUCUCUGUUGUGUCCUCGCCGGCCGGUGGGGCCACUUUGUAGGAAUCAUAGCCUCCUUAAUCGGGACGGACGCUACUGGCUGGAGUUUGCUGGACAUCUUCCACCUACUUCCCAACAGAGACUUCCUAUUCCUUGAACUCCCUUGGGGCAGCAGAUUAAGACUUUUCAGAUCCAGGAGGACCUAAGAACCCUGGGCCACCUUUCUUCCUUCCUUCUUUGAUGGAGCACCGCCUCCCCAGUUUCUGGGGCACCUUGUGGCGUGGCCUUGGUGAGUGAAACUUGGGGUGCUGCCUGCUGGGAAGGAAAUCUGGAACACGGACACUGUAGGGGUGACCCCGGUCUUGUCAGACCCUGAGACUCUUGAAAUCUCAUGGGUGGGGAUUGUGGUGGUGAAUGAAUUCGAGUGUGCCUCCCUUCUUUACCCCCAAACGGAAAACAAAACAAACCACUUGCCAUUCUUGAGGCUGCAUGACCAUUCAGGGGAGCGGGGAGCCCCUUCUGAAUUCAGAAUAGGACGGCAUCAACAAGCAGAUAACCUGUUCUGAACCUGAAUAGAUUCUGCCUUCUGAGGAGACCUUGAGAGUGUAAGAAGUGCCAGGAAGUAGCCCCAGAUUUGGGGAGUUCAUUACACACCCCAACCAUGUUCCUGCGACGGCUUGGUGGCUGGCUACCUCGCCCUUGGGGCCGCCGGAAACCCAUGAGGCCUGACCCGCCUGCCCCAGAACCCAAAUGGGUGGACAGCUCCCCUGAGAAUUCAGGGAGUGAUUGGGACAGUGCCCCAGAAACCAUGGGAGAUGUGGGGCCUCCCAAGACCAAGGACUCAGGGACACUGAGGAGUUUCCGGGCUGCUCCAGAACCAAGCAGGGAGCCCCAAGUUGAGCAACUGGGGAACAAAAGAAUGGAUUCCCUCAAGUGGGACAAGACUGUCUCUAGCACUCAAGAGUCUGGGAGACUGGAGGAUGGAGGGGCCAUUCCAAAACUAGAAUGGGAUCCUGUGGAUUCAGGUGGCACCAGGAGUCCUGGGGUGUCUCUUGAAGGGGGACUGGGCGCCCCUGGGCCAGAAGUCCCAGUGGAGAAAACUGGCCAGCAUCAGAAGCUGCUGGGCUGGCUGCGGGGGGAACCAGGGGCACCACCACGGUACCUGGGGGGCCCAGAGGAGUGUCUGCAAAUCUCCACCAACCUGACCCUACACCUGUUAGAGCUGCUGGCCUCAGCCCUGCUGGCGCUGUGCUCUCGGCCAUUGCGGGCAGUCUUGGAUGCAUUGGGUCUUCGAGGACCAGUGGGCCUCUGGAUUCACGGGCUACUGUCUUUCCUUGCUGCUCUGCAUGGGCUCCAUGCUGUGCUGAGCCUACUUACUGCCCACCCUCUACACUUUGCCUGCCUCUUUGGCCUCCUGCAGGCGCUGGUGUUGGCUGUCAGCCUCCGGGAGCCUGGUGGGGAUGAGGAGGCCACUGACUGGGAGGGUGAGGGUUUCCUGAGGGAGGGUGAAGAACAGAGGGGAGAUCAAGGAAAGGGACUGUGACUAUGGGGUGGGGUGGGGGCAAAAGGCGAAGAUAGUGUGGCCUUUAGUAAAAGACUGGGGAGCAUGACUCUGAUUGUAAGCACAGGGACCUCAGGGAUCAGAAAGAAACCCGAGAGUGAGGCACAGGGCCCCCCUUCAUACACAGGAGAGAACAGAGCUGUUUAGCUGAGAGAACAGACAUAUUUAUGGAUGGUGGGCAUUACCCUAGGAUUCACCAGCUGUUGUUACUUUCUGCUUUUACAUUUAUCCUUUUACAUUUUUUCUUUCCACCUCCAUUAAAAAAAAAAAAAAAAGUGAUAGUGGAGAAUAAAUACCAAUGGGUCUUUCCUCCCUUUCCAAAUUUGCCAGGGGUGGAGGAGACCAAAAAGGCACAAUAGAGAUCUCUUCACUAAGAGGGUGGCUGAGAGACCCAAGAUGUCCCGGGAGCCUGGAACCUGAGCCAUCUAGGAAGGAAUGGGGCUGCUAUGUUGGUGGAUUAGGAACCUGGAGAGGGCCCACAGGUGACAAAGGCUGCAGGAAGAUCUGGUGCUCUUGAGUCAGAGGAAGGUGUAGGCAGUAUUGGCAGGAGUACCACAGCUCAGAAGGGACUCGCAGCUCAGACAGGGGAGCACUGAAGUUUGUAGUUCCCACUAAGAGACUAGGGGCUUGUUCACUCAGCAAUAAAUAACUGUGUAAUACUAAAUCCUAAAUACACCACUACAAUGUGA